CUCCGGGUCUUUGAGGACAUAGAUUAAGCAGCCGAGCAAUGGCGACUUCGAGGCCAUCUGCUCCUCCUCCGCGCCUCCAGCGGCCCGCGGUGGCGAUGCCUCCCGCUUACAUGCCGCGGCAGACGUCCGCCGCUCUCGCCGCGGCAGCCCAGAAUCAGUUGACGGUGUUGGCGGCCAACAACGUCCGCCUCAGUGCCGUCGCGGAGCGCCUCGAGUUGUAUUUCCGCGGCGGCAUCUCUUUGAGCCCGUCGGACCUCUUCCGUCUCGUCUUCGCCCUCGCUAGAGGUAUUGAUUAUGCCCUCUCAAGCAACGAUAUUCCUGGAAUUGCCAAACGUCUUCCUUCAUUAAUAAAACAGGUCUAUCAACGUCGGAAUGACCCUUCACUUCAGUCAGCCGUUAUGGUGCUAAUGAUUUCUGCUAAGAAUGCUUGUAAGAAUGGAUGGUUUUCUUCUCCAGAUGAAAAUGAACUUCUCUCCAUGGGAAAUGAGCUAUGUAGCAGCUUUUGUAUCUCAAUGAGUGAUACAAGUGAUACUUUUGUCGGCAAUGCUAAAGAUAUAAUUUCCAAGAUUAUACCCAGGUUUUAUCCACAGUUGAAGUUCAGUCGUUUAGUUAUUUCUUUCGAAGCAAAGCCUGGUUAUGAUAUUUUAAUGGCUGAUUUUCACAUAUCAAGGAACAUACCUCCAGAUCAGAAGAUUUGCCUCCUUGUUGUUCAGACAGAUAAUUUAGAUACAUCGUCAUGUAUUAUAAGCCCCCAACAUGUGAGCUUUUUGGUGAAUGGAAAGGGCAUUGAGAGAAGGACAAAUGUUUCCAUGGAUUCAGGACCUCAGUUUCCGACAGAUAUUACUAAAAUGCUAAAAUAUGGAACAAAUAUUAUCCAGGCUAUUGGAUAUUUCAGUGGUAGUUACAUCAUAGCCAUUGCCUUCAUCGGUAGAAUAACUACUCCUGCUGCUCCAACACUGGAGGAUUAUGUUCAUCCUGUGAUUGAAAAAACUGUUUCAGAUUCCGACAUAAUUGAGGGGCCAUCAAGGAUAACACUCAAUUGCCCUAUAAGCUUCAAGCGUAUUAAGAUUCCUGUUAAAGGACAUCUCUGCAAACAUCAUCAGUGUUUUGACUAUGAUAAUUUCAUGGAAAUGAACUUUCGCAAGCCAUCCUGGCGCUGUCCUUGUUGUAACACACCUACUAGUUGUAUUGACCUACGGAUUGAUCAAAAUAUUGUCAAGGUACUGCAAGAGGUAGGGGAGGAUAUUGCUGAUAUUGUAAUUUUUGCUGAUGGAUCAUGGAAGGCGUUUGUUGAACACAAUAAAAGUAUAAAUCAAGUUCAUAAGGUGAGGUCUGGGCAGCAAGAAACUAGCAAUGAGAAUGGGAGUACAUUAACUGGUGUUGUAGAUUUGACUAUGGAAGAAGAUUAUGCAUCCGAUAUAGCGAAGUGUUCAGAAGAAGUUACACCUUCACAUGGAUAUGCAUACAGAGCUGAAAACAUUAUCUGCGAGUUAGAAGACAGGAAACCAUUCAGGGAUAUUGAAGGUCUUCCGGUCUCACUGGAUGCUUCUGGGGCUCCAGUCACCAGUACUCCUAUGAACAUUCUAGCAGCUGUUUACAAUACAGGAGAUGGUAUUUUGCCCUGGAAUUUGCCUUCAGUUUCUAGCUCCACAUCAGGCAGAACAGGUGGUGGCAAUGCUAAUGCACUGGGAACCUUGGAAUCACUUGUCCCUAAUGUUGUGCUGAAUCCUAUUCAAACUGAUGCUGUUUCUCCAGCACUUAAUAGGGUUUUAACAGGUCUUGAACUUUCACAGUCUACACCAACUUUUCAGCAAGCAUCACAAGGGAUGCCGCUUGCUGAAAAUUUGCAAUUACAGCCAUUGCAUUUGGCAGGUUCAAUUAUUACCAAUGAAGCAGGGAGACCUCCUAUACCUAGACAUGUUAGUAGGACCCCAAUAGCAGUACAAGCACUUCCUGCACAAACACAACCACCCAGUUCAUCUCGAAGAGUGCAUAUAGGUUCAUCAAAUUCCAAUUCUAUGAUCAACAGUAUUACUUCUAUAUCUCACCAAGCAUUUUCUCCAACAACUAUGGCCAGUGGACUUAGUUCAGUUAGCAGUCAGAUGCAAAUCGAGCAACACUCCAGGACUUCCAACAUGGCUUCGGUACCAUCACAGUUGCAUUCCAUAACUCCGGAACCCCACCAACAUAGUAACUCAGCAUUGCAGCGGGUUGUUGGUGUUCCAGCACCUAGCCUGGUUGGCACUUCAGCUCCACAAGGCCAGUUAAGAGUGGCAGAUCCUUACAGAGCAACAGUCCACUCUCCCUCAGACUACCAAAAUCCCCAACAGCUACUAUAUCAAAGGGGACAUCAUUCUGCAAAUCUGUCAAGUAUUUCGUGGCCUUCUCGUAAUCCUUCGAGUCAGGUGCUGCAAACAUCACGGAGUCCUGUGUUUCCAACAGCUGCGGGACCUAGUCUUAGCAUACGAUCAUCUGCCGAACUUGCGGCACAGGCGGCCACAGCACAAACAGGAGCAGCAAGAAUUCCUGUCAUGACCAGAGUGCCGUCUUUUCCCACAGUCGUCGACAUGGAUGGGACACUGCCUUCAUCAGGAUCUCAUGGGGCGUCUGAACUUCCAUAUGAGCGCAAUUGGCAGCCAACGGGGCGCAUGAGAGGUAGUCUAACUGGCAGUGCCUACGACGCUGCCCUUAGUCAGUACUUGGUUGCUCCUACACAACCAGCACAAUCACGACCGCCACCUUCCUCAGUUGAUGGUUCUACUGACCAGCUUCUGGUGUCACCUGUUAACUCUCUCAAUGUUCAAGCACCUAUAAUACAGCACGUCAGUACAAGACGUGCUGAUUCAAAUGACCAAUCGACAGGUUCAUAUGGCCUAUGACAUCGGUAUUCCAUCGACUCAUUAGCGAGUGGAGAUAAGAACGCCAUCUACAGGCAACAGUCUUUGCAAGUGACUUGAAGAAGGGUGAAUGCCAUUUUAUUCUCUCUCUCGAGCAGCAAGAACGACUGCACGAGCACGAGAAGAACCGUGUGACGUUUGUUAAAUUACAUACACAAAUGUCUCGAGUUGAAAUCUAUGUAUGUCCUUUUGUUACCCGUCUUGAGAAAAGAGGAGCAUCUUUUACUGUAUCGCAACCCUCUUUUUGCUGUGUGGUGCCCUCCCCUUUUCUUUUCCCGUAAACAAGGUUGGUUGUGUACCUUUCAAACUAUUAUCGAUCAGAAGAGCACUCA